AUGCAGCACAUUCAGGAAAUAGGCACACAGCAGUAUGCUGCACCUGUGCCGCCAAUGAACAAUCAACAAAACUUCUCGAGACCACCAAUUGUGGCACAACAAAGUAUGCCUGGCUCACAAAUGCAUUCUCAUCUAUUACCCACAUCAGCAAUGGCUCAUACUCAAAUAACAAGUCCUCCAGUGGCACCUACAUCCCACAUGUCUCCAAUGUUACCAAUAGGUCCUCCAUCACAUGGACAGCCUCCUUUAGGUUAUCACACUCAAAUAACCAGUCCUUCAAAUACCAUGCCGCCACAAUCUGGAGCAGGAUCAUACAAUUCUGUACCACCAUUGCCAGCGCAAACUGUUGCAAGUCCGACAGGUCCAGGCUUGUCACAGUAUGAAUUGAGACAAUUUGCCCCUCCACUUUCAACUGUUGCACAACAACAACAACCACCUACUGCAACUCCUUCGGGGCUUGGGUUCCCUCAGGCACGACCUACGCAGUAUAUGCAAAAUGCACCUUCGAUGCCAGGUCAAACAAUGACGAAUGCUGGUCCUGGAGGACCAAUACUGGCACAACCUGGACAAAGGCAAUACAAUUCCGCACCUCCACUACCAGGACAAGCUUUAUCUAGUCCUUUAGGAAUGAAUCGCAUGUCACCUGGAAAUACAUCAGAUUAUCAACAACUGCCUGGAUAUCAACAACAGCCAGGAUAUCAUAAUCAAAUGGAUAUGUAUAACAGUCAAAGAAGCCCAUAUCAAAGUAGCGUUACCAAUACCACAGGAUAUCAAUCAGGACUUCCACCACAACAAGCUAGACGACUUGAUCCAGAACAAAUGCCGAGUCCAAUUCAAGUAAUACAAGAUGAUCAACGCGUAAGAGGUGGAAUAUUUAUUACGAAUCAGAGAGGUCUGGUGCCCCCUUUAGUGACAACAGAUUUUAUAACUCAGGAUCAAGGAAACGCGUCCCCUAGAUACGUCAGGUCCACUAUGUAUACUAUUCCUACUACUGCAGAUAUCGUAAAACAGACCAAUGUUCCUUUUGGACUAAUAGUAAGUCCAAUGGCUCGUAUCGUAGAAGGAGAGUGCGAACCGCCGAUCGUAGACAUGGGUGAAAUUGGUCCGGUACGUUGUGUGCGUUGCAAAGCGUACAUGUGUCCAUUUAUGCAAUUUAUCGACGCUGGCCGAAGAUUUCAGUGCAUAUUCUGUAAAGCUACAACGGAAGUCCCCGGUGAUUAUUUUCAACAUUUGGACCAUACGGGCCAACGUUUGGAUCGUUAUGAGAGACCUGAGUUGAUGUUGGGUACAUUCGAAUAUAUAGCCACGAAGGAUUAUUGCAGGAACAACGUUUUUCCGAAAUCACCAGCCAUUGUGUUCUUAAUUGAGGUGUCGUAUAAUACUGUCAAAUCUGGGUUAGUAAACUUGCUGUGUACAAAAAUGAAGUCUAUAAUAAAGAAUCUACCCGUUGAUGCUGGACAAACCAAGAGUAACAUGAAAGUUGGCUUUAUAACAUACAACAAUACCGUGCAUUUCUAUAACAUCAAUCCUCGUCUUGCUCAACCGCAAAUGAUGGUCGUUGGAGAUAUUCAAGAUGUAUUCAUGCCACUUCGAGAUGGAUUUUUAUGUGAUGUUGAAGAGAGUGAAACUGUUAUCGACAGUCUUAUGACACAGAUUCCUGAAAUGUUCGCUGAUACUCGAGAAACGGAAACGAUUCUUGCACCCGUUAUACAAGCUGGAUUAGAAGCAUUGAAGGUUUCAGAAUGUGCUGGCAAAUUAAUGGUAUUUCAUUCGUCUCUACCAAUCGCUGAGGCACCUGGAAAAUUGAAGAAUCGCGAUGAUCGUAAAUUCCUCGGAACAGAUAAGGAAAAAACCGUGUUGGUGCCGCAAAACAACGUCUAUAAUAAUUUGGGCCAGGAAUGCGUAGGCGGUGGUUGCAGCGUGGAUCUGUUUAUCUUUAAUAAUUCAUAUGUAGAUAUAGCAACGAUUGGUCAAAUUUGUCGUCUCACUGGUGGAGAGGUUUAUAAGUAUACUUACUUCCAGGCGGAUAUCGAUGGUGAAAGAUUAAUUUCUGACGUUAUUCAUAAUAUCAGCAGACCGAUCGCUUUUGACGCUGUUAUGCGAGUACGUACAUCUACGGGCGUUAGAGCGACUGAUUUCCACGGACACUACUUUAUGUCCAAUACAACUGAUAUGGAACUAGCUAGUAUAGAUUGCGAUAAGGCUAUUGGGAUCGAGGUUAAGCAUGAUGAUAAGCUGGCGGAAGAUGAAGGUGUCUACGUUCAAGUGGCUCUGCUGUAUACUUCCUGCAGUGGCGUAAGAAGAUUACGAAUUAUAAACCUGAGCCUGAAGACUUCGUCACAAAUGGUCGAGCUAUAUCGGGCAUGCGACUUAGAUGCCAUCAUAAAUUAUUUCUCCAAACAAAGUGUUUUCAAAUUACUGGAGUCUACUCCGAAAGCGGUAAAAGAUCAUUUGAUUGCGAGGUGCGCGAACAUACUGGCCGCAUAUCGAAAGCAUUGCGCAUCACCAUCCAGCGCUGGACAGUUGAUAUUACCGGAAUGUAUGAAAUUACUUCCACUUUAUAUCAAUUGUGUAAUAAAAGGUGAUGCGAUGUCUGGAGGUGCUGAUAUGACUAUCGACGACAGAUCUUUUGUCAUGCAAGCGGUUGCGACGAUGCCUAUUGCGACGUCUAUUGUGUAUACUUAUCCUAGAUUGCUUCCUUUGCACGACAUUGAUCCUCAGGGCACGGAUUUACCUCCGAUGUUGCGCUGCUCCAUUGAUAAAUUCACAGACGAUGGCGCUUAUCUCCUUGAAAAUAGUAUCCACAUGUUCUUGUGGUUGGGGAUGGCUCUUUCUUCUCAAUGGGUGCAGGGUGUCUUCGGAGUACCUUCGGUAGUCCAGGUCGAUACUGAUCGUACUGCACUGCCAAUAUUGGAUACUCCUUUGAACAACAGGAUCACAAAAAUUAUCGAUUUUGUACGCGCUGAAAGGCAUCGUUGUAUGAAAUUGACGAUAGUCAGGCAACGUGAAAAACUAGAGAUGGUACUACGUAACUUUUUGGUUGAAGACAGGGGAAAUGAUGGAAGUCCCAGCUACGUUGAUUUUCUAUGCCACAUGCACAAAGAGAUAAGAACCCUUCUUAGUCAAUAAAUAACUCCUUUUUUUUUUAAGUGAUCAACUUACCUUCUAACUCAGAUUCCGUAUUUUUUGCAUCGAUUAUUUGUUAUCACAUUAUCUCGAUGGAACACGAUCGAGACUUUAUAUUCAAUCAUUGUACUUUUAUGCGUACAUCCGCAUUGAAAAAAUGGGACGUAAAAAAAUAUGAAACAUAAUUUACACACAGAAUAGGUUUAGAAGAGGGAGAAUGGAAAAUAGAGCGGUAUAUCUUUCGUCGCGAACGUAGAGUCAUCUUCUCCUUUUUCGUGAGAAAUUGAGCAAUAAUUGAAUUACCGCGUAAUCAUGCCUUAAGGAGAACUGUUUCAACUAGGACUACGAGGGUCAAUUUUUGUUUGCAUAUUCGUGCCUUUGUGUAUCUAGAUAGUCGUCUAAGGAUAAGUUCUCAUGGCGGCAUCUUACCUCAUCUUCGGAAGCUAGUUUACAACGACACGGUAAUUGGAUUCUCACUUCAAUUUUACAAUAAGGGCAAGUUGCAGUCUGCGAAACUGACUGAAGGUUAUACAUGAUGUGUUUGUUAUCUGUCUCCGUUCUUCUGAGCUUACUCUGUACGGACAUCUAUAUACGGACUGGCAGGCUGGAUUUCAAAGAACAUGACGAAUCAUUCCGACCGAUAUUCAGAUACAAAUACGUAUGAAAGUUAGACACGCUUGCAUCAUUCAGUCGUAUAGUAAACAUAUGAAUAACUAUGUGGAUAAUGUGAAAUUGUAUUAUCGUUACUUUAUUACUUAAGUAGAUCAUUAAUGUUAUUACUCCCCCCUAUACUAAGUUAAUUAUAUAAUAAAGAGUAUAGUAAAUCUCACAAUAAACUUAUAUAUAUAUAAAUAUAUAUAUAUAUAUACAUAUAUAUAUAUAUCAAUGAAAAAAUGAUAAAUGAAAAAUUUGUGUUAAUAUAUCAGAAAUGCGUGAAUAAAGCAAUGUAGUAUCAUUGCAACGCCAAGUACAUACAAUUAAAUGACAAGUUCAUAAUAAUAAUGUUAAUAAUAUUGGUUUAAGAGAAAUUGUAUUUGCGAAAGACCGGGUCUUUUUUUAAUUACGCUCGAGAAUAAAUAAAAUGUGGGUAAAUUGGA